CUACUUUGUAAACAAUUUGAAUUUUAGCGGCUAAUGUUUGAUAACGUUGAGUGAAAAAUAUGAUUAAGCAGGGUGAUAGCGUAUCAUAUGACAGGAUGAGAUUACUUCACAUGUGAUACUCUUUUUUCAAAAACAUUAACUUUCUGUCAUCUCCAUGGAUCUUUAUUUUUUGGCUCUUAUUGAUUGAUGUUUUCACAAUGUUAAUUUAUAGGUUAUUGCUUUUAACAUUGCUGUGUUCAAGUUUAGAGUGUGCGUCUUGUGUUGCUCGUGUUUUCCAGAAUGAAAAUAUUGUAUGCGUAUGUAAUGAAACAUAUUGUGAUGACUUAACUCUGAUUUACAAUGUGCCUGAUAACCAAGCUGUGUUGUAUGAAACUAAUAAAGCUGGAGCAAGAUUUAGUUCUUCAUUUUUAAAUUUUUCAUCAUUUAAACCUCCAGAUAUUCCUGUUUUAAUUGUAAAUCAUUCUCAAAUGGGUCAAUUUAUUCUUGGCUUUGGAGGUGCUUUUACAGAUGCUGCUGGAAUAAAUAUAAAAUCAGUUUCAGAGCAACUUCAAGAAAAGAUAUUACAGAGUUAUUUUUCUGAUAAUGGUUUACAGUAUAAUAUGGGGAGAGUGCCUAUUGCUAGCUGUGAUUUUUCAACUCGUCCAUACUCCUAUGAUGAUGUAGCUGAUGAUUUUGACUUGAAAUACUUCCAACUAGCUAAGGAGGAUUUUCUUUAUAAAAUACCUUAUAUCAGAUAUGCUGCUUCAUUAAGUAAGGAUGAGUUACUUUUAUUUGGCAGUCCAUGGAGUGCACCAGCAUGGAUGAAAACAAAUAAUGCAAUGAAUGGGAAAGGAAGCCUAAAAGGUCAACCUGGUGGAAAAUACUAUCAGACAUGGGCAAAUUACUUUGUCAG